UGUAGCAGUAGUAGUAGUAGGCCACGGUGGGUUUUUGGAUUACCCAGCGACCACCGCAUCCGGAGGAGAGAUGACGACGCGGCUACAGUCCGUUUGCUGCGUGCACCGCCGCCUUCUCCAACUCUCGCCUCCCUCCUCUACUCCUCCCUCCUGCCCCCGUCGCAGAAGCCUCUCCGGCCCUUCCGCCUUCCUUCCUCCUGUUAACCUUCGAUGGUACGGCCGCAGUUUCCGCUUCCGGAACGCAUCCACAGGUCGAUCGAUUCUGCCGGGCAAGGUGUUAGCCUAUUUGCCCGAUUCAGAGAACUCCAACGGCGCGGUAAAAGAGGCGAAUGCGUCCAGUGUUGAUUCGAACGUUGGAUCCUUGGUUAGCGCUAGGGAUUUCGACGCGGUCCUCCGGUCUGGGUCUCACACGAGGGGCAGCUUUGACCCCUUUCGUGGGAAGUCGGGUUCUGUGUCUUUCUGCGGAUUGACUCACCAGAUGGUGGAAGAGAGGAAGCUGGUUUCUUCCCCCUUCAAGGACGGCACAGGAUCGCUCGUGUGGAUUUUAGGUCCUCUAGCGCUGAUAUCUUCGCUCGUGGUUCCACAAUUUUUUCUCGGCAACGUUAUCGAGUCGGUUCUACGAGAUGAGAUCCUUGCAGAAAUUGUCGCCUCAUUGUCUUCAGAGGCCAUAUUCUAUGUCGGGCUUGCUGCAUUUCUGUCAGUAACUGAUCAUGUACAACGCCCAUAUCUUGACUUCAGCCCGAAAAGAUGGAGCCUUAUCACCGGCCUCAGAGGCUACCUUUCCUCGGCUUUCUUCACCAUGGGUUUCAAGGUGUUUGCUCCUCUUCUUGCGGCCUAUGUUGUUUGGCCAGUGAUUGGUCUCCCUGCUGUGGUUGCCGUCGCUCCAUUUCUGAUGGGUUGUGCUGCACAAUAUGCAUUUGAGACACACCUCGACAGACGUAAUUCAUCUUGUUGGCCUGUAUUGCCAAUAAUCUUUGAGGUAUAUAGACUGUAUCAGUUGAACAAGGGUGCACAUUUUAUAGAAAGGUUAUUGUUUCUAAUGAGAGGAUCGUCUACGAACACUGCAGUAAUGGAAAGAAGUAGCGCAUUCAUUUCCAUGCUAGCCGUUCUCCAAAUCCUUGGUGUUGUUUGCCUGUGGUCUUUAAUGACUUUUCUUCUAAGACUUUUCCCUUCUAGACCUGUGGCAGAGAACUAUUGAAUUCUCUCGAGCUUUUCUCAAUUUGUCAUGAUAGUGCACAUGAGCAGAGCAGCAUGGUACCUGAGGAACUGGUGGUCCACUGGCAUGACUCAAAUUUAAUAAAAGAACUUUUUGCUUGUCUGAUCUAGAAAUUAAAUUAUCCUUGAUUAUUCCUGCAGUGUGAUUGGUGACUUUGAUGAUGGAUGAUUGUGACGAAAUAGAAUCCACCUCUUUAAAAGCACUAACUGACAAAAUUAGCUGGUGCCAAAAUGGACAGUAUGGGAUUUGAAGGUAAUCUGGUGCAGUUGUUAUAAUUAUUGGUAUUUGCAGAUAGAUUGCUGAUCGAGUGUUUUUAACAGCUGAGAAGUGUUGAUAUUCAAUAGCAAGUCUCUUUUACAUUUUCUUCAAGACAAAUAAAAAUUCAUACGAAAGUAAAUGUUGCAUGAUUUGGGCAUGAAGGGUAGAAGAAGGUAAUGUUUCAGACUAAGAUUUCUGUUUGAUGUAGGUAUAAUGUAUGAAAUCUGGGGACUGUGCAUACCAGUUAACGAAAAGGGUAUUGGUAAAUGGAAAAUACAAGUGUUAAGAUGUUCGAACAGCAGGCCAGAUCUAUAAUGAUAUUAGAUUAUUCAGAGAUGUUUUCAAAAAGGUCGACUUGUUGGGUGGCCAACCCGGAGAUUGAAUUGUCCAAGAUUUAAGACACAAUCUCUGGGAAAUAAUCCAUCAAGAGAUUGGAUACAAUGAUCAUAGUUUUAAAGCUAAAUUCAUGAGCUUGCCUUGCCCAUGGAAGUGGCCAACUUUUCCAGCCAGAAUAAAAAAUUGAAUUUCUUUUGUUACUUUUGGAUUAGUUUCAUCAUCCACUGAAGUGUUGUGAUUUUAAUGCUUACUUAGCUGCAGUUUAAAUGCCUAUUUGUUAUUUUGUGUAUAUUUUUUCUUGGAUAGAGUAAAGUGAUAGAUAGUAAAUCAUGGCACAUUCA